UGCGCAUGCGCUGGAUGUGUAUUCGGUGUGCACGCACGUGAAUGUGAAGUUUAUUUAUUAUAAAAUACUUAUUAUCCUCGCUGGUUAAAUGAAACGUGCAAAAUGACAAAUGUGAUUGAUAAAAUUUUGAAUACUAUUGAGGAUGUCACCAAGGACCUCACAAUCUUUUUAGAUGGAGAUAAGAAGACUGCUCAGACUUUGAGAAAAUCCACAAAGCUCCUCUACGACUUCACAAAAAAAAAUUCGGCCACUAAAACAAAUUCCCUCCCUGAGUUGGUGAUCGACGGUUUCGACGAGGAGCAAAUAUGGCAACAAAUAGACUUGCAAAACGAGCAAGUGAUUCCCUUUCUCAUAUCCGAUAUAUCAAAGCUCUUAUUAAAAAAAGAUUUGGCGCAACCUUUGGAGGAAUCCGAAGAUGAAGAAUCCGAAAGCCAACCCCCCAAAAAAUUGAAAGGCUCCGCUGAUGAAGACGUCGAAGAAGAAUCUGAUCAAGAAUUUGAUCAGGAAUCAGACAAUGAAAAUGGAUCUAAAGAAGAAUCUUUCAGCGAAACAGAAAGUACAGCUCAUGCCAAGGGCAAAAAUAAAACACAGAAACGCAAAGUAGAAUCUUCUAUCGUAGAUGACAAGUUUUUCAAAAUGCAAAGACUGAACGAAUAUCUCAUAAAAGAAGACCGAAAAGAAACAAAAGGACAGAGUAAAAAUGCAGAUCAGUCUGAUGACGAAUCUAUCGAUUUAUUCAACGGAUAUUCCGAUAAGGACAGUGGAGAUGAAGAAACACAAAAAGAAAGGGACGCUAUAUACGCUGACUUCUUUGACAGUCCUGAUUCCGAUGGAGAAGUCGAAAAUAAAGAAGAAAAUCAAGAUAAGGGAGAGGAUUUGAAUGAAGAAGAAGAUAUGGAAUCUGAAGAGGAGCCCUUUCAACAUUCCGAAGAUGAUCAGGAAUCCUCAAAAGAAAAGCGGGUUAAGUUUAAUUUGCCGGUCGACUCUGAUGAUUCGAGUAAAUCAGCUGAUGAGACUGAAAAAGACAAGAAUAAGAAAGUGAAGUCUUCACUAGAAGAGCGACAGGAGCGUCUUGAAAAGAAAAUGCGAGAACUGGAAGAACAAUCUAUUUCGGAGAAACCUUGGCAAUUGAAAGGAGAAGUUGGCGCUUCGGGUAGACCACAGGAUUCUCUUUUGGAAGACUUUGUAGAAGUUGACGUCGUUUCUAGGCCUCCGCCAGUUAUUACAGAGCAAACUACUUUGAAAUUGGAGGAUAUAAUUAGACAGAGGAUUAAAGAUAAAGCAUGGGACGAUGUAGAGAAGAAAGUGAAGCCCGUUGACACGCCAGCUGAAUAUAAAAAGAAACUGAUUAUGGAUCAAGAAAAGAGCAAGCUAAGUUUGGCUGAAAUUUAUGAAAAGGAUUUCGUUAAGCAGAGGGAGGCUUUGAAUCCAGAUCAGAAUGCUGAAGUUGGUGAUCCGCCGGAACAUAUUGAACUUAAGAAGUCGAUGCACUCACUUUUUAGGAUACUGGAUGCACUUUCUAAUUUCCAUUAUACUCCGAGACCGGUUCAGCCAGAACUCAAGAUCAUCAGCAAUGUUCCUGCCAUCAAUAUGGAAGAAGUAGCCCCGGUAGCAACUAGCGAUGCAACAUUACUCGCACCGGAAGAAAUUCGACCUAAAAAACGUGGAGAACUUCUUGGAAAAGCAGAACGAACGAAAACGGAUAUGAAACGUGAGCUGCGAAAGAAGAAAAAGAAGCAACGUGAGAUCCAGCAGGCGAAAGAAAAGAAGGAGAAACUGAGGACCGAUAUUGACACUCGAAAGAAACGGAAUAAGGAAACGGCGAAGGUCGUACAAAAAUUAACAAAGAGUCGCAACGUCUUGAAAAUGGAUGAACAAGAUAACAGAGCCACCAAGUCUUCUACUGCCUUCUUCAAUCAAUUGCAAGAUGAAGUUCAGAGUCAAAUUAAAGCAAAGACAAGCAAAAAGCCUGGAAAGAAAGAAAAAUCUCGAAUUUCGGCAGUUAAGCUGAAAUUGUAAAUUUUGUACAGUUUAAAAAAAAAUAAAGAAAAUAAACCUUAA